CUCCAAGCGAUCCAUCUCUCCUUAGCCACACCCCAACUUUAACACGUCUCAGUUGACUAUAAAACAGACUCCAAUGUAAUCUCCCCAUUACCAGACGAACAGCUAGCGAUCUCUCUUUCUCUGCUGCAAACUAAUUAACGGGCAUAGAAUGGCAUCGGCGAUGGGCGCCACCGGCGACAAGCCGCCGCACGCCGUGUGCGUGCCGUACCCGUCGCAGGGUGACAUCACGCCGACGCUGCACCUCGCCAAGCUGCUCCACGCCCGGGGCUUCCACGUCACCUUCGUCAACACCGAGUUCAACCACCGCCGCCUCCUCGCCUCCCGUGGCGCCGCCGCGCUCGACGGCGUGCCGGGCUUCGUCUUCGCCGCCAUCCCCGACGGGCUACCGGCGAUGUCUGGCGAGGACGAGGACGCCACGCAGGACAUCCCCGCGCUGUGCCAGUCCACCAUGACGAACUGCCUCGGCCACCUCCUUGCGCUGCUGUCGAGGCUCAAUGAGCCGGCGUCGGGGUCGCCGCCGGUCACCUGCCUCGUCGCCGACGGCCUCAUGUCGUUCGCGUACGACGCCGCCAGGGUGAUCGGCGUGCCGUGCGCCGCGCUGUGGACGGCCAGCGCCUGCGGCUUCGUGGGGUGUCGCCUCUACCGCGAGCUCAUCGACCGUGGCCUGGUGCCGCUCCGGGACGCGGCGCAGCUCACCGACGGGUACCUCGACACGGUGGUCGACGGCGCCGCCGCCCGCGGCAUGUGCGACGGCGUCCAGCUGCGCGACUACCCCAGCUUCAUCCGCACCACGGACCUCGGCGACGUGAUGCUCAACUUCAUCAUGCGCGAGGCCGAGCGGCUGUCCCUCCCCGACGCCGUCAUCCUCAACACCUUCGACGACCUCGAGCGGCCGGCGCUGGACGCCAUGCGCGCCGUCCUCCCGCCGCCGGUCUACGCCGUCGGCCCGCUCCACCUCCACGUCCGCCGCGCCGUCCCCACCGGAAGCCCGCUGCACGGCGUGGGUUCCAACCUCUGGAAGGAGCAGGACGGCCUCCUCGAGUGGCUCGACGGCCACCGGCCCAGCUCCGUCGUGUACGUGAGCUACGGCAGCAUCGCGGUGAUGACGAGCGAGCAGCUGCUGGAGUUCGCGUGGGGGCUCGCCGACAGCGGCUACGCCUUCGUGUGGGUCGUCCGCCCAGACCUCGUCAAGGGGGGAGAGGGCGACGCCGCCGCGCUGCCGCCGGAGUUCCACGCCGCCGUCGAGGGCCGUGGCGUCCUCCCGGCGUGGUGCCCGCAGGAGAAGGUCCUCGAGCACGACGCCGUGGGCGUGUUCCUGACGCACUCCGGGUGGAACUCGACACUGGAGAGCCUAGCCGCCGGCGUGCCGAUGCUGAGCUGGCCCUUCUUCGCGGAGCAGCAGACGAACUGCCGGUACAAGAGGACGGAGUGGGGCAUCGGGAUGGAGAUCGGCGGUAACGCGCGGCGAGGGGAGGUGGCGGCGAUGAUACGGGAGGCCAUGGAGGGGAAGAAGGGGCGUGAGAUACGGCGGCGUGCACAAGAGUGGAAAGAGAAGGCUGUACGAGUGACGCUGCCAGGUGGGCCCGGGGACACCAACCUUGACCGAGUCAUCCACGACGUGUUGCUGUCGUGUAAGGAUAAAAUUAGCAGGGUGAAUGGUGAGAGUGUAUGACUUGUUAGAUCGCAGAUCAAUAUUAUAAUAUUCAACCUACUAACCAAGUAGCCAUGUCAUGUGGUUUAUUUAGUCUUAAUAAGAGCAUCUAAUUCGAAUAUAAAAUUCUUCUUGCGUUUUGCAUUGA